GACAAAAAGAAACACGACUUUAAUUUCGGAUUAGUUAAUUGCAAUUAAUAAUGCUCGAGAACUGCCAAAGGCAUCACAUGGUGUUGGGCCUGGCUGCCCUGACCCUGGUAACCAUUCUUGUGCUCAUUGUCGAAUCUCGCUAUGCGGCGGAGGGCGGCACGACGCGUCGUCGAGGCCAACAGUUUGUGAUUGAGAAUAAUUCGACGUGCUGGAGACACGAACCGUACACGGUUAUUGAGGAGUGUCAUCCCUGCUCCGACUACGACAUCGUCAGUCGCAGUCUGGGCGUCUGCAUCCACACGCACUACAAGGAGCUGCUCCGCUGCAAGAGCGGUGAGAUUGUGACCAAAAGCUGUGAUCGUGUGGCGUACAUAGAUCAGCGGAAUUUCAUCAAGUUUGAGGUGCUCGCCUUCGUGCUGGGCGUGCUCAGCUAUUUGGUGAGCUAUGCACGGGAUCGCGUCCUCUCCAGACGCAACUAUAUGCGUAUUGAACGGCAGCUGAAUCGGGUGCAGUAGUCCAGGAUCUGCUGGAUCUGGUGAUGAUUGGCCAUGUCAAGGAUACUCAUCUCAACAUCACUGUGUACAUAUACUUUUAACUUUUGUAAACGAAUUGCAUAAUUUAUUUAGCUUUAAGUACAUUAAAUUCAUACACAUUCUAACACUAA